UGAAGGGAAAAAAAAAUAUCCGAUAUUGCUCUACUCGCCUAAAACCCUGCAAACAGUCGUCUGGCAAUGAAGCCCCCUGCGUCUCCUUUGGUUGCCUUGAAGUUACUGGCGGCAUCAAGAUUUUCGCUAUUCGGCUCUGCGGCACUCUUCCUUCGUUCCCGCCAACCCCUAAUUCUGAAAUCUCCAUGUUUUUUCACCAAGCCCUUCUCCCUCAAGCACCUACAGUUCUACCUUUACAGUUCUUCCACGGCACUCGACGCGGUUUCCACUGAAACCUUAAGCUCCCACCACCCAUGGCCGGAAUGGGUGACCUUCGUCGACCACUUGAAGACAAGGGGAUACUUAACGGAAGCUGCCCCCUUGAAAGCCGUGAGUGAGAGUGGCUCUUUCGGUGACAGUGAUGCUGAUAAGAGUGUUUACCGAAACAUUAAUUUGUUAAAAGAUCCUUGCCUCAGCUUUGGCCGUGAUCGAUAUGAUAUCUUCAAAUUUUUGUCUAUGCAAGAUGUUCAGACAGUUGUAGAGGCUGGAUGCCCUAACCUUAUUAGGAAAACUGUUAAUUCCGCGAAAAGGUUGAGAGCUCAUGUGCGACUGGAUGAAGGGGAUGUUUGCAGUGCUUGCAAUUUGAGAGGUUCCUGUGAUAAAGCGUAUGUGAUUGUAGUGGAAUCUGAAGGAGCUGCUCGAACUGUGGAUAUAGUGCGUGUAUUGUUGUUCUACGCACUUGAUCCACUUGUAUCUUCUCAGGAGAAGCCUCCCGGUAGAGAGCUUGUUGAAGAAUCUGCGAGGAAAUUAUUAUCCGAGUUGAUUGUAUUGAGUGAGAAAUCUGCUGUUCCUACACCACCAAAACCUGCUUCAGCUAAAGCUUCAAAACAGGAAGAAACAGCUAUUGACAUUGUUGAUGAUGAACUGCAUCCAAAUGUUGAGAUGAAGAGAGGAGAUUGGAUAUGUCCAAUAUGCAAUUUCAUGAACUUCUCAAGAAAUGUACAAUGUCGACAAUGCAAGGAAGAUGGCCCCAAAAAAGUUGGCAGUGGUGAUGAUAUUGAGAUGAAGAAAGGAGACUGGAUCUGCCCUGAAUGUAGUUUCAUGAAUUUUUCUAGAAAUAUUACAUGUCGAUUGUGUAAAACAGAAGGACCAAAGAGGUUUUUUACAGACGAAGUAGAGAUGAAGAAAGGAGAUUGGAAUUGCUCAAGAUGCAACUUCAUGAAUUUUGCCAGUAACAAAAGAUGCCGACAAUGCCAGGAAUCGCGGCCCAAGAGGCAGUUGAGUCCUGGAGAGUGGGAAUGUCCCUCAUGCGAUUUCUUUAACUACCGGAGAAAUAUGGUCUGCAUCAAGUGCAAUUGUGAGCGGCCCAAAGAAACAAGAACCGAUUAGGAAGAUCCAUUGGCGAAUGCUGCUGUUGUAUGAUCAUUCCAUCAUGCCACCUUAGGAAACUUAUGUUUCAUGAAAUGAAUUUUGUUUGGGCAUCAGCAAAUAUGUUCUUUUAACAACUUGGCAUUAACCUAGUGGUUAUUUCGCCGGGCUUAAAGAUGAAAGAUACCUUAGGUCUAAUGUUCGAGUUGGUGGGACAUAA